CACAGAGGGAGGUGGGAGGCAGUGAGACUCAGAGAGGAACAUAAAGGGUCUGCGCUCUGGUCCACUGGUUUGGAUUUAUACCCAGCGACUGGUUCUGAUCUUCAGAGGAACACCACUCAGAGCAGACGCUGCUUCAUCCAUUCAUCCAUUCAUUAAGGCUGCUGAUCCUCUGCGGAGUGAGAUGUCUCCGCUGUCUGUCUGCAGGAUCUCUGUUCUCUCAGCUGUGCUGCUGAUGUCGUGGUGCAUUCAGGGACUUCAUGUGGACGUGUUGCCCAGCAAGCCUCUCUUCCGGCUCGGGCAGCGGCAGCAGCUGUUUUGCCGGGUGCAGGACUGUCCCACGAAGCCGAGCGUGUCGUGGUCCCUGCUGGAAGACCAGCCCCUGGCGGCCUCCAUCAGCUCCAACCACACCGGCUCCACCGUGACCUUCGACCCCGUCCUGAUUGAGCACGAAAGACCCAUACUGUGCCGAGUCAGCUGUGGGGGGAGGACAAUUCAGACCCUCAGCAACGUGCGCGUCUACUCCUUCCCAUCAGCCCCUCAGAUAGGUGGUCAGGACCGGCUCAGGAUGGGGGCGGAGUCUUUCCUCACCUGUCAGGUGUCUCAUGUUUACCCCCCGGAGAGGUUGACGCUCAUCUGGCUGCAAGGGGACACCGUCCGGGAAAGCAUCAUGGGAGAUCCCGGAGCCACGACGCUGAGGUCCGAGUACCGCCCUCAGUACGGGGACUGGGGGAGGACCCUGAGCUGCAGGGCGACGCUGGACCUGGAGGACCUGCCGACUGAGGACCGGACCCAGGAGACCGAGGUCCUGCUUGACCCGCUCUUAGCUCCUGUGGUGACGGUAUUCCCCACCUCUGUCCUGCUGAUGGCCGGCGCUCAGCUCAACCUCUCCUGCACCGUGAAGGGACACCCGGAGCCGGAGCUCAGCUGGAGCUUCAGGUCUGCAGAUGGACAGGUGGUGGCGCUCGGUUCCUCUGGGCAGCUGGUGAUCGAUCAGGUGAGGCUGAGCGACGACGGACGCUACGACUGCGAGGCGAAGAACAGCGAGGGAAAAGAUAUCGCCGGCGUGGAGGUCAGAGUUCACGCGCCCCCCACCAACAUCUCCCUGUCAGUGAGUCCAGGCGAGCAGGUGCUGGAGGGGCAGCAGGUGACCUUUACCUGCCAAUCAGAUGGAGCCCCGCCCCCCGUGCUGGUGCUGAGGAGGGAGGGGGAGGAGCUUCAGAGGACAGACCCCGCCUCCUCCUCUGUCUCCUUCAGCCUCUCCUCCGCCCGGUUCCAGGACUCCGCCUCCUACAAGUGUGAAGCCUCCAAUCAGUACGGAGCUCAGCUGGUGACCCGAUCCCUCACCGUCACAGCUCACCCCAUGCAGGUGGAGCUCAGCCCCCCGGUCCCUGCAGCAGAUCGGGGUUCAGAUCUGUUGCUCAUCUGCCGGGCCUCUGGGUGUCUCCAGCCCCCCACCUUCACCUGGAGGAGGACUGACAAUAACCACAUCCUCUUCCAGAGUAAAAACCAGAACCAGAACCAGUCCCUGCUCAACCUGCAGGACCUGGACCUCCAGGAUCAGGGAGGGUACAGGUGUGCGGCAGAGUGUGACUCCGUGAUCCGGACCGCAGACACCCAGGUCCACGUCUACUCGUUCCCGUCCAAUCCGGUUCUGGAAGUUCCCGGUCCCGUCUUGCUCGGUCAGGAUGUGAUCCUUCGUUGUAACGUCGACGGCGUCUUCUCGGCCAAUCAAAUGAGGAUCCUGUGGCUUUCUGGGAACAGGACGCUGAUGUCCAAGUCGAUCAGGUCCCUCGAUUCCUUAAAGAACGUCUCGUCUGUUCUUCAGUACCAGGUGCUGGAGGAUCAGCCGAUUUUGACCUGCAUGGCCGAGCUGCUGACAGAGGACGGAGACAUUUGGAGGUCCAGGAGGACGAGCGUCGCCCUGCAGAUGCACUAUCCUUCGAGGGGAACCUCCCUGUCAGUGAGUCCAGGCGAGCAGGUGCUCGAGGGGCAGCAGGUGACCUUUACCUGCCAAUCAGAUGGAGCCCCGCCCCCCAUGCUGGUGCUGAGGAGGGAGGGGGAGGAGCUUCAGAGGACAGACCCCGCCUCUUCCUCCUCGCUCUCCUUCAGCCUCUCCUCCGCCCGGUUCCAGGACUCCGCCUCCUACCACUGUGAAGCCUCCAAUCAGUACGGAGCUCAGCUGGUGACCCGAUCCAUCACCGUCACAGCGCCCCCCAGGAACACCUCGGUGCUGGUCCUGCCCUCUACGAUGGUCCAGGAGGGACAAACCAUCACAGUCUCCUGCCACACGGUCUGUUUCCCGCCGGCCGCCAUCAGUCUGAAGAACCUGGCCAAUGGGACGGAGCUAUACUCGUCCAAUGGCACCUUCCUGUUGGUCAACGUGAUGGCCAGAGACUCUGGGAUGUACCAGGUCAACGUGACCAACGAGCUGGGCUUCCAGGUCCGAGUGUUCAGCAUCCGAGUCAGAGAGAGGAACUCCAGUCCUCCCAGUCUUGGCAGCGUUCUCAUCCCACUCCUCUGCUCCGCCGUUGGGCUCGCCGCCGCCGCUCUGCUCCUCGACUACCUGAAGAGAUCCAGGAAGAAAGGUUUCUAUCAGCUGCCGCAAACUGCCCCGCCUUCAGCCUGAGGGAGGCUAACAGCGGGGCACUGACUUCAAACAUGUGGCUACCAGAUUACAUCAAGUAGCUACCCCUCGAACAUGUGGCUAGCCUCUUCCAACUUCCAGCUAGCGUCUCCAAACAUGUGACUGGCGUCUCCAACCUGCGGCUAACACCUUCAACAUGCAUACAUGGGUUUUAACAUUCCACCAUGUGGCUACCAAAUCCAAAUGUGUUUACAUAUAGACCCAAACUUGCCGUUAUGUCCUAACAUGCGGCUAAAAGAAACAAAACUGUAACGCUCAAAUAUAAAGGGUGAUCUAUAUCUGUCAGACAUGUUUGAGGAGCUUCAAUUAAUCAUCUCGCCGUAUCCAAAUGUGUUCCUAUAUCAUUCCAACACGAUAUUUCUACAUGUGGCUAUGAAGGUCCAAAAUGUGACUUCCUGUCGCUACCUUGUGAUUGCGCCUUCUGUUUUGACAGGCUAACAUGUGGCUGUGUGUCCAAACUAGUGAUGUGUGGGUCGCGAACGUCUAAGAGCCGGCUCUACUAAACAGAGGGAGAGGGCUGCGUGGAGGAGUGUCAGUUUGCACCGUGCUAAUACGAUCAUGAGUGACAGCAGGAAAAGAAGCAGCUUUUGGCUGCAUUUCAACAAUUUUGCGAACACAAAGGCUGAAUGCAGAAUUUGCUAAAUGAAGCUCUCAUACAGAGCAGGGUCUACAGAUAUCCUCCACAGGCACAUGAGAACUGUGCAUCCAACAGUUCAGUUUGGAGAAAAACGGCAGGCCAGCGUGCCUGCUUCUGCCAGUACCUCUACUCCACCUGUUGUUGCUGCUGCUACAGGACGUACCCCCCCAUGCAUCAGGUACACAACAAGCAACACAGAGCUCAAUACGCCAAUUUAUGUCAAAGGCAAUGACCCCAGCAAGACAGCACAUAGGUGUUGCUAUGUGCUGUGUGUAGCGUGAUUCUACAAGCAAGUCAGUGCAUUCAUUGGGUGGUACCAGAGAGGGUCUGUGAAUGCAAUGCAUACUUCAGUAAAAGGAAGUAUUGAAUGAAUGAAGUUAUAUAUGUACACAUAUAAAUCAUGAGUCAAAACAGGGCUACAUUUGAUUGAAUUAUAUGUGGUAAAAAGAAGAGCCGUUUCGGAGCCGAAAGAGCCGGCUCUUCUUGGUGAGCCGAGUCAAAUGAUCCGAGAGCAAUUUAGAAGCUGAAGAUCCCACAAGGAACAAUUGAAGUUUAACCCCCCAUUGGCAAGCAGGCUAAAGUGGUCAGUGAGCCAUAUUUAUUUAGCUGUAUUAUAAUGUGAAAUCUUUGAAGUUGUAGAAUGAAUUUUCAAAUUUGACUAAUUGUAUUUCUUUUGCCUUUUUGUACAAGUAGUGUUACGUGUUUCAACAAGACUGAGCACUGCAAUAAAUAUCAGUGAAAAGAACUCUUGAGUCCAUCACAACCAGUCAUUGGGUGAUGUACAACCCAACACUUGGCUUCCACAACUCAAAUGUGGCUGCCAACAUGACAUCAAUUCACCACCGCUAAGCUAAAGGCGGCUAAUGUUGGGCUAUGAAGGAACUACAGCACGGUGCGUGAUGACGUUUAGUCGUCUCAUUUAGACUCGUUAGCUGUUUUUAAAUCCAGCAGUGAGAGGUAUUUACUGACGUGUUAAUGCUGACCUGCUAACGUGAUGUUCCCGACAUGUGACCACACGACCUGAUGCUCUGUAUAUGAACAGCAGCUAACAUCAUUUUAUAGAUGUGCAGCCCAUUGUGGAUCAAUGUCUUCAAUCAGCUGUAAACUGUGUUUGUUAAUGUGUGUUCUGCUUUGUGGAAAUGUGGUUUAUGUCAUGCAACACAGGUCUGAGGUGCUCCAGCUGAAGACUCAGUUUUCAGUGUACUGUCCCUUUAAAAUUCCCUCUGGGUCAGAUCUUUGGACACGUUUCCUCCCGAGUGUUUUUUAAAUGAGCAGAAGCGGAUCCCUGCUGGUUUGGUACUUAUGUGUUUCUCUUUCUGUUCUUUUAUUAAAGAUAUUUAUUUCUUCA